ACAAUGAUAUAUCAGUGAACGGGAUUAGCUCGAUUGAAUUAUCCUGCGAGUUGUCCGACACCAUAUGCAUAACGUUACAGUCAAAAUAUCAAAAUUUAUGCCGUUCAAAAUAGGAUGAUAAUCACUUCCCUUGACUUCAUAGUCUUAUUCAAAGGUUAUGUUGGACCGAUUCAAGAUCCAUGUGGUUUUGAAAAAACUGUCCGUAGAUCACUUAAGAAUUCUUUGUUGACGUCGCUGAUCGCUAGCUCGUCGUGGUGUAUUAAUAAAUAGAGAAUUUCACGGUUAGAAAUGGCAGAAAUAUUGAAUUUGAUAUCAACUUCUAGCCAAAACAAUGAAGAACGUUAUAAAUUCAUCUUGGAUCUUUUGGUUAGCAAAUCUGAUGUGCCCUUCGACAAGGAAGAAAUCAACGCGAUCCAAGACACCCUUUUGUCAUUGAUAAACAACCAACUAAAUCAUGCAGCGACUCGUCACGAUGGCUUGAAACUCUUACUGAAGACAUUACCACGAUGUUCUAAGGAUAGUUUAAUCAAAUAUGCCACAUUAUGGAUGAAGAAAGCUCUGCAGACAUUGGAGUCGGCACAGAAUGACACGAUCCAAGUUAAAUCUGCCUGCGAGCUUAUUGCUCGUCUGGCUAUUCUGUUUAAAGACAUACCAGAGUUACAGAAACAAUUAUCCAUGCAGUACGUCAAACAAUUGAUAGGACAUGUUUAUGGCCUGUCAGAAGAAAAAAGAUCUGGUGCAAUAUUUUAUCUUAUCGCAGUGCUGCUAUAUCACUAUCCUGAACCCUGUGACAAAUUACAGGUGACCAUAAGAAAGCUAAUUUUACCACUGAUGGACUCUCCUUUGAAUAACUUGGUCAGCAUUGGAGCUAAAUGCUUUGCCUUACUGACGUUUGCAACUGAACGGUCAUUUCAGACCCAACCUAAUAAAGCACAUCUUACCGCAUGGACUCACAGUCAAAUUUUGAUCUGUAACAGUUUACAUGAAACAAUGGAUGCCCUUUUCAGUGGUAUAACUGAAAUAGAAUAUGCUGAUACAUCAGAUAAGCUUACAUUGCCAGCCAUAUCGCAGUCUGAUAUUAUGGUACAUUACUUGGGGCUAGAACGGAGAUUCAACAAUUUGUGCAUUUUCUUGAGCACAACACUGCGAGGUUGUGGGCUUAAAAAUUCGGUAUCUCCAGGCAAUAUCCUCAAGAUUCUUUCACGAGGUCUCUUUGUUACCCCUGCUGGGCUUGGAAAUGAAAAUGCUUUUAGAAAGCAAAUCUUGCACCUGAUACUCCCAAAUCUACAUACCAGUCUGUUGAAUGUCCUAGAUGCACUUAUUUCAGGCUUUGGGAAAGAACUCAUACCUUAUGCUCAAACAAUUCUUCAAUUAUUGCAACAAAUUUUAACAUGGACUGAAAAGGUAGCAGAAAACUUUACGACACUUGACGGAUGCCGGCCAUAUAAAAAUGUUAGAGUUCAAGCUUACACAUCUCUCUCAACAUGGUUAACGCAUGUAGCAGCAUUGUCUGGAUUUGAAAGUCUAUGCGACGAAUUUCUUGCUCAUAUAGUACGCGAUAUUGUUCCUGAAAAAGAUCGAGUUGUGUUAUCUGUUCAAAAAACACAUAACAUGUCAAAACGAGCAUUAAAAAGGCAUAGAGAGAAUCAGUAUGACAAUAACCUGAGUCAAUCCAACUUGGUAACUGUUUCCAAUCCAUUAUCAAACGCAGAAUCAGCCCAAGAAGCGCUUAUUGCGCUACAAAAUAUCAUCCUUCACACAGGUUGCAGGCUGAAGCUAUCGUUUUACGAAACUCUGCAAAACAUAGUAGUAGCUCUUCUCUACGACUGUUAUCUUGAGACUAGUGAGCAGACAUUCUACAGGCUCGACAGUAGCUGCCGUCUCCAACUUUUAAAAGCUUUGAAAAUGUUUCAAUUAAACCCACAUCCUUCGACCCCUCCACUGACACAGCAUUGCUUAGAAAUAUUUCAAAUGGCACAAAGUGAUAAUGAUCGAAGCAUCAUCGAAGAAGUUAAGGUAUGCUUAACUGAGGUUGAAAAAAUUGUACAUCCAGGCGCACCCACCCUGAGGUUACCAAUUGAAGUAGAUGAGAGUAGAACAGAAGAUGAGGAAACAAAUGACAAUAUAGUAGUUCCACCAAACAUUUCCUCAGACGUAAUUCCUGUUAAUUCCAUGCAUAACAUUGGAAACUCAACUGAAGAAAGUCUUGCUGCUUCAACUACCAUAAUGUCGGUUGAUAAACCUGUUGAAGAUAUAACGGAUAUCACAUCUCAGGGACAAUCUAAUUCCAUCGCCAAAUCAGACGCUGAAAAAAGUACUUGUGAGCUCAAUGAUAACAAUGACAGCAAAAUCUGCACUUCAUCUACAAGUGAAACUGUCAUUGACGGCACUCUGUUACAAUUGAAGGACUUGAGUAAUACUGAAGUAGGUGAUAGUGAAACAUUGGAUAUCUCACCGAGAAAUCAGGACGAUUUCAGUAUUGUUACCACGGGUAAAGACUUUGAUACAGAAACAGGUGAACCAUCCAUAAAGAGGCAAGGCAUUGAAGUCAUACCAAGCUCAGCUACUGAUAAUAAAGACAACAAGCAUCUUGAAAAUGAAAGAGAUAGUGACGAUGAUAUUACAAUGCUUGAAUUGUUCUGCGAUACAAUCCAAGAUGAUAAAUGAUGAUUGAAUGAAUAGUUGUAACACAGCUUGUAUGGUUAUAUAAAAGUAUAUCUAUAAAGUAAAA